AUGCAUCCAUUACUAGAAGAUGUGUUGAAGGAGCCACGACUUGCAGCUACGAGUCCACAUAUUGCAAUUGUGUUGCUGCCGCCCAUAGAUACCAUGCCACCUGCACCAUGCACUUUGGAUUUUCUCGCAAGCCAUGUCAUUGUCACAUUGUGGGAUCCCACAGUCGAAAGCAGUGCAUCAGCAACCGCCAUGCCAAGACCAUCGCUUUCAGCUUCCAUGCUCUCUCGUCUCUCGCCUAAAUCAACACGCCGUGAACGAAGCAACUCCAUUCUCGACGGCCUCCGAUCGCGAUCCAAGAGUACACUACAUGACGGCAAUGGAGGUCUAUCAUUGAGCACCGUGAACAACAAGCCUGUCCUUUUUCACAACCGUCAAAUCACGUUUGGGGGCAAUCGCACUAUCACUAUUCACCACGAAGACGUUGUUUACAAUGCUGACGACCGUGUGACACAUCUCCUGCUCUACCUUGAACAACCAUUGUGUAUUCAACAAGAGACGAGCACCAUUCCGCAAAAUACUCAACCCAUGCUGCCUGUGGUAGAGCAAAGUUCCAUCAAGCAAAUGCUUUCCAAGUCAUUCAAUUCAAGUCAUCGAGCAGUGCGACAAUUUUGUGAUGCUGCCCUUUCGGAAACCAAUCUUGGCGAGUUACAUGCACGCAUGAAGGAUUUAUUGGAAGAAGCAUUCACGUAUGUGGACGGCUACCUGGAUAGUGCAUUAUUUGAUCCAACAAAGAGUUUAUCCCAUGAUGAAGCUUACAAGGUGUGUGAAAGCCAUGUGAUGGAAGAAACAUAUGAUAUGGUCUUUUUCAAGAUCACGCACUUGAUGCAGCAAAUGGACGAAGAGGUCGCCAACGUACUCGAUUCGAUGGAGAGUUUGGAUUUUAUUCAAGUGGGCUUACCAGAGGGACGUACUGUAAGACGACGUGUCGAACGAGCUGGCAACACCUUGCGACAAAUUGGAACCUUUCGUACACCUGCUGAGAAACUAGAGUGCCUGCUUUGCUCAAUUACGCAGUUAUCAGAAAGCACGGAUGAAGAUUCAGACGACGAGUUGGAUUCUGAUGCUUUGGUGUCAUUGUUGGUAUUGACUUUGAUAAGGGGACAAGUGGCUCAUUUGGUUGCCAACAUCACUUACAUGAAGGAAUUUACCUUUGAACAAAAUUUGGCAGUUGGCCGCUAUGGAUUUGCCAUUAGUACACUGGAAGGCGUGAUGCAAUACAUCCUCGAGUCAAGGACACAUUUGGCAUCAGUGGCAAGGCGAAAUGAUAUGUUAUGGGCAGCCAUCAAAAGCGGUGAUUUGGAUUUGGUGGUCCAGGUCUGUGGCAAGCACACCACCAUGGAAAGAACGUCAUCUUCGGCGAGGAUAUCGUUGAGUUUGCCUGCCGUUGAUAUUACACGAGUGCGAGAUGCUUCUGGAAACAAUGCUCUAAUGAUAGCCGCAGUUGCUGGUCAAACAGACAUUAUCAAGUAUCUUCUUCAACAUCAUUCACCAGAGGAUGACUUGUACAAUGAUCGUGGUGAAACGCCCUUGAUGCUCUCAGUCAAAAGCCAAUGCUCAACAGCCGUGAAGCUACUGCUCGACUUUUUUGGUGCGCAAGAUGGGAUACGGGAGCGAGAUGGAAAUUCAGCGUUCCUAGUUGCAUGCAGCCUUGGAAAUGUGGAUAUUAUGCGGAUGUUAUUGGAUCAUGGCAGCAAAUGGGAUACACGUAACAAUAUCAGACAAGGUCCACUUCAUCUAGCAGCUACUCAUGAGCAAGCCAUCGUGUACCUAUUGGAUCAAGUGAAUGAUGAAACGACAUAUACAUGGGUGGAUGAAAACGACAACACAUUUCUACACUUGUGCAAUCAACCAAGGGCGCUUGAUCAUUUUAUAUCACGUUGCAAUGGAUGGCAAGAUAUUUUGGACAUGGAAAACAAGCGUGGUUGGACGCCUUUAUUGACAUGGGCAGCCAAUGGAUGGUUUCAUAUGAUGGAGACCUUGCUUACACAUCCGAUACGACAUGAGCGUCUUGUGGCAACACAUGAUCCAGAAGGACGUACAGCAUUGCAUCUUGUUGCAAACUCAUUGGAAAGAAAGCCGACUUUGGGAACACAAGGAUUGAAAUAUUUGGUGUGCCAUUUCAGUGAUCUAGCGAAUGUACGAGAAUGGACAAAGGGAAAUACACCAUUGCAUCUUGCAGCAUCCCUUCGUAUCCUCGACAGCAACAGAGCUUUCAUAUGCAUGUUUAUUCGACAUUUGGUUGUGGAUGCAGGUGCAAGGAUAGAUGGAUUGAAUUAUCGAGGUGCAAGAGCGGGGCAUAUUUGCCGUGACCCUGAGGUGCUUGUCUUAUUGGAUGACGUGGCGUUGGAAGCAGCAGCAGCAGCAGCAGCUCAACAAGAAAAACACCACAUGCAUCCAUACGCAUAUCAAGUUACACGAGCAACGCUUAUUCAUCAACCUACGACUACUAUUUUGUAUACCAUUCAAAGCUGUGCUCCAGGGCAAAGGAAUGAGCAACGACAACGACGACUAGCUGAUUUUGUUCAACUAAGAAAGGACAUCUCACAUGAAUGCCCUGAAGCGUUUCUACCAACAUUACGGCAUUUGGUUGAUCCCGAACAAGUUGAUUUACGACCACCACCUAUUUAUUUGCGAGAGGAAGCCAUCCAGCGAUUGGGUCAUUUUAUGCAAUGGUUGCAGCAACACCCUACUCUCCAGGACCAUGAUUUGGUGCGUACCUUUGUACGAUCCAAAGAGCUAAAGAGAGAGACGAUUGAAACAGCAUCCUUUGCAAGGCGUGAUCUAUUGUUGGAGAAGAUUGGUGAAUCAUUUUCAUCCUCGGGCAAUGAAUUUGGUGGAAGCGAGGACGAAGAAUACUUUUUCUCUUAUUCCCAAAGCAACAUUGAAGCGCUCCGAGAUAGUUUGCUGGGUGUGAUUCUUGCAGGACGUCAAGUCAUACGAUGUCGUCGUGAUCUCGAAAUGGCGAUGCAUCAAGUGGUGCAAGGAUGGAUGAUGGGUGGUAAUAAACAAGCAAUGCUCACGACGAUGAAAGUCUGUGCCGGGACGACCGGUGACACCGCGUUUGGCACGUCUUUGUGGGAAGACACAGUACAGCAAUUUCAAACGAUGCAUGAUUUGGCUGAUGGAAUCCUGAUGGCCCUGCAGCGACCCCUUUGGCUAUUGCAUCGACGCAUGGAGCUACGAGAGCAACUCGAGAUGAAACGUGAUCAUUUACGACGAGUCAAGUCAUGGAACGAAGUGAUCCCAACACAACGACGACAAAUUGAACAAGCAAAAGAAAGCGUGGUUGAAACGCUCAGCGAUCUCGCGCGAACAGGCAGUCAAAUCGCCCAAUCACAUCAAGUGAUUUCCGACGAAAUGGCCCAUUUUCAACGUGUUCACCCCAUCCACAUCCAUACUGCCAUCCGUAAUUUCGUAUCAGGACAACUUGCAAGGGAGAGAUACAAAUUGGAAUGCCUUUUGGAGACGAAGCGCAAGUUGGGGAAGAGGUCUACCAAAAGAGGGUGA